AUGUCCUACGCAACAAAGCUGUCCCAACUCCGCGAUCUCACGCUUCCGCCCCGCGAAGUCCGCCAGCUCACAUCCGAAUUGACCACCAUGCUCGCCGAGACGGCCAUCGAGCCCCCUUCGGUUGACGAGACGGUGGUGGUUGUGGUCAUUCUGCGAUCGGGAAUGGCCAUGAUGGACGCCUUUCUCGCCGCGCUCCCUACCAAGGCCAACGCAAUCGUCCACCAUCUGGGCAUUUUCAGAGACAGAAAAACACUCCAGCCCGUCGAGUACUACAACAAACUGCCGCCCCGGUCCGGCAGGAUCAGACAUGCUUAUAUCCUCGACCCUGUCAUUGCCACGGGCGGUACGGCCGAGGCGGCUAUUCAAAUCCUCAAAGAAUGGGGAGUCGAAAAAAUUACCUUUGUAUCCAUUUUGGCCAGUAACCCCGGGCUGGACAAAGUCGCCUCAAGCUGGCCUGAAGGCACGAACUUGGUGGUAGGCGCUGUCGACUCGGAUCUGGACAGUGCAGGAUACGUUCAACCUGGCAUCGGAGACAUAGGAGACCGAUUGUUUGGAACAAAUUUGGAUUGA